GGGAGGCGGGUUAAAGAGCGUAGGCCCGACCACGCGUGCCUGAGAAGGAUCAAUGGCGUGGCAGGGGCUGACGGCCGAGUUCCUGCAGGUGCCGGCGGUGACGCGGGCCUACACGGCGGCCUGUGUCCUCCCCCCCGCCGCUGUGCAACUGGAACUGCUCAGCCCCUUCCAGCUCUACUUCAACCCGCACCUCGUGUUCCGCAAGUUCCAGGUCUGGAGGCUCGUCACCAACUUCCUCUUCUUCGGGCCCCUGGGAUUCAGCUUCUUCUUCAACAUGCUCUUCGUGUUCCGCUACUGCCGCAUGCUGGAGGAGGGCUCCUUCCGCGGCCGCACGGCCGACUUCGUCUUCAUGUUCCUCUUCGGGGGCGUCGUCAUGACCCUGCUGGGGCUCCUAGGCAGCCUGUUCUUCCUGGGCCAGGCCCUGGUGGCCAUGCUGGUGUACGUGUGGAGCCGCCGCAGCCCUCGGGUCAGGGUCAACUUCUUCGGCCUCAUCACUUUCCAGGCGCCAUUCCUGCCCUGGGCCCUCAUGGGCUUCUCGCUGCUGCUGGGCAACUCCAUCCUGGUGGACCUGCUGGGGAUUGUCGUGGGCCACAUCUACUACUUCCUGGAGGAUGUCUUCCCCAACCAGCCUGGAGGCAAGAGGCUGCUGCUGACCCCUGGCUUCCUGAAGCUGCUACUGGAUGCCCCCGAGGAGGACCCCAAUUACCUGCCCCUCCCUGAGGAGCAGCCUGGACCCCAGCUGCCACCCCGACAGCAGUGACCCACCCAGAGCAAGACCCAGAGGCUUCUGGCCUCCGUCCUACCCCUCGCCCCACUGUGAGCAGAGCAGCCCGCCCCAGCAGCCCAGGAGAGGACCCAGCUGAAUAAAGAGAAUGGCCCGCAG